AUGUAUCCUCCCAAAAGCGUCUCGGUGUCCAUCAAUCCACCUGGUGAAAUAGUGUCAGGAGAUUCAGUGACUCUGAUCUGCAGCAGUGAUUCAAACCCUCCUGCUCUGAACUUCAGCUGGUUUAAAGGAGGAACGUUUGUAGGAUCUGGAAGAAUCUUCAACAUCUCAAAGAUCAGCUCUGAUGACAGUGGAGAAUACAAGUGCAGAUCCAUCAAUGAACAUGGAGAGAAAUACUCUGAUGCUGUGACUUUAAAUGUCAUGUCAGUCAGAUGCUUCUCGUCUGUAGCUGUAGCUGUUGCUGCUGGUGUUGGUGUUUUACUCGGUGGAGCAUCAGGUGCUUUCAUCAUGUACAUCUGUCUUACUAGAAGGAUGAAAAGAAGAUCUGCUGUGAAGGAGAUCUCUGAUCCCAAUGAAGACACAUAUACAGCUCUUGAGCUCAAGUCCACGACCUCUGACCUGUACGACACACUCACAACGGUUCAUCCCAGAGCUCCUGAAGACUCCUGCAGGACUCUUGAUCCUCAGAGCUUUUCUAAACAUGAGAAUCCAUCAAUCAACAGGAAGAUGCUGCAGUAAGAGGCGGAGCAUGAAGGAACCAAUCCUGAGCUCUGUGGGCGGAGCCACAUAUGAUUGACAGGAUCAUCAGUGAUGAGUCACUAAAGAGAUUUAUUUCUGUAUAUUUGAAGAAAUAUGAUGUAAUAGUGGAAUUAAAUGAAAGUUAAAAGCUGGUGAAUUGUCACUGUGUAAAUAUAUAAUGUUAAGAUUAAGUCAGCAGAGCAAAUCACCUCAAAUGAUGUUCAGUUAUGGCAAAAAAGUAUUUUUUUUUUUCUUAUUUUACAACAUUUUCCUGUUUUUAAAUCAUAAUUGAUAAUUUUACCCUGAAACACUGAACAAAAUCAUAAUUGUGCGCAUUCACAAAGGACAAUGUAUCAUUUUUUGCUCUCAAAGUGCUCAAUAUUAUCAGCUUCAGUUAUUGUUUUUUGUGUUCCUGUAACUUUUCCUUUAAGUGAUCAGUUUUAUUUGUGAUUGUCUAAUAUGUGUUUGUACAAACCUUAUGGGCACAUUGAUACUGUAUAUAUUGAUACUCACAAGCUACUUAUUUAGUAUUGAUUCCAUUAAAAAUAUCUAUAUUAAAAUUAUAUGAAUUACCAAACAUGGGUUUCUGUAUCACUUUCACAUGUUUUCAGUACUUUUUAAAUGUUUGCUCCAAAACACAUAUUUAGCUGGCUCGUGUCACAUGACUAUGAGAAGUGAGCGUACAGCCACA